AUGGACACAAUUGGAAUGGAGCAGACAUGGGAUCCGAGCCCGUGGGCUCAUGAAGAGGGUUGGGCGUAUAGUCUUGGGCUGUUGCGCCCGAAAGAUGAAGACAAGAUCUCACUUCGUCUGAGAGGCGCAGUACUUGACCAAGAAGGCACUAUCCGACAAUUCUAUGCCCAUAACCCACAAAACGAGGAGCCUCCGUACGUGAUGGAGGUUGUCUGGAGAGUGGUGAAAGCAGCGUGA